UCCUUUUUCGUUCUAAAUCUGGUUCUUGGUGUGUUGAGCGGGGAGUUUUCCAAAGAAAGAGAGAAGGCCAAGGCUCGUGGUGAUUUCCAGAAACUGCGGGAAAAACAACAGCUAGAGGAGGAUUUGAAGGGAUACUUAGACUGGAUAACACAAGCAGAAGAUAUUGACCCAGAAAAUGAAGAUGAAGGCAUGGAUGAGGAGAAGCCUCGAAACAUGAGCAUGCCCACCAGUGAGACCGAGUCCGUGAACACAGACAACGUCCCAGGAGCAGAUAUUGAAGGCGAAAACUGCGGUGCUAGGCUAGCGCAUCGAAUCUCCAAAUCUAAGUUUAGCCGCUAUUGGCGCCGGUGGAAUCGAUUCUGCAGAAGAAAAUGCCGAGCUGCCGUCAAGUCCAAUGUUUUCUACUGGUUGGUGAUCUUCCUUGUGUUUCUCAACACUCUUACCAUUGCCUCUGAACACUACAACCAGCCAGACUGGCUCACUGAGGUCCAAGACACUGCCAAUAAGGUGCUGCUAGCUCUUUUCACGGCAGAGAUGCUGCUGAAGAUGUAUAGCCUUGGUCUCCAGGCCUAUUUUGUGUCCCUCUUCAACCGUUUUGACUGUUUCAUUGUGUGUGGAGGAAUCCUGGAAACAAUUCUGGUUGAGACAAAGAUCAUGUCACCACUGGGCAUUUCGGUGUUGAGAUGUGUUCGACUGCUAAGAAUAUUUAAAAUCACAAGAUAUUGGAAUUCACUGAGUAACCUCGUGGCUUCCCUCCUGAACUCAGUCCGCUCCAUUGCAUCCCUGUUGCUGCUUCUCUUCCUCUUCAUUAUCAUCUUCUCCCUCCUGGGAAUGCAACUCUUUGGGGGCAAGUUUAACUUUGAUGAGAUGCAGACCAGAAGGAGUACAUUUGACAACUUCCCCCAGUCCCUCCUCACAGUGUUUCAGAUCCUGACUGGGGAGGACUGGAAUUCGGUGAUGUAUGAUGGGAUCAUGGCUUAUGGCGGCCCCUCUUUUCCAGGAAUGUUGGUCUGUAUUUACUUCAUCAUCCUCUUCAUCUGUGGAAAUUAUAUCCUGCUGAAUGUAUUUUUGGCCAUUGCUGUGGACAACCUUGCUGAUGCUGAGAGUUUAACAUCUGCACAGAAAGAGGAGGAAGAGGAGAAAGAAAGGAAAAAACUAGCUAGGCUUUGCCACUUCUUCUUCCAUUUCUGUCAGAUCAACGUAGAUGAUUAUCAGCCCAAUGAAAAUGAAGAAAAGAGCCCAUAUCCCACGACAGAAGCACCAGACAGAGAAGGAAAAGUAAAUGUCAUACGUUUCAACUUUGCUAAUGCUUGUGAGACUGUUUCUUACAACAUUCUCAUAAGCCAGCUAGAAAAACAUGUUCUAGAUGACUGGGAGAGAAAUCAGUUAGACCGUUUAUACGCAGAGUAG